AAGAUAAUUUACGUUGUUUUUAUGUUUUCUUCCCUUUUUUCUUUCCUUUUCAAAUAACAGUUUAAUCGAUAUAAUUUACUAAACAUUGUUGGCAAGCGUUCGAUUGACUUUCAAAGUGGAGCGAAAGCCGCUCCGUCUGCCAAUAUCGUUAUAAUUAAAGUAGAAAACGAGAUGAGAACGAACGGAGCCUCUUUCGCACGUAGAAAAGGGUUGCGCGUGCAAGUGAAGCAAUUUCGCGUGUUCCCUGCCGAAAUUGCGUUAUGAUCGAACGUAAUUCCGCAAUCGGGGCACAGGUGUACGUGCCGAAGGAAUAUCGAUGACAGUGCCGUAACCGGAAACCGGUGGCACGUCGCGGACGUCCGUUAUAACUCACGGCAAGUGUACAGACUACUCGAAACGAGUGGAAAAUUAACUAACGUAUAAAACAGUUCCUCUGGUUAUUUAAUUUUCCUUUAAAUUGGAAAAAAUUCUCAAAGUUAAUCAAAUACGAAUCCACUGUCUUUAGAAAUGACUCGUCCACACUCUGAGCAAUCUUUAAAUCCAAAGUCUGGCAAACUCUUAAAUCAAAUGCCUAAGCUGCAAAGUUAAUGGUACGAAUUUACGAUCCUUUGAUAUUAAACCGAACCGAGCCGAACCGAACUCAACUGAACUCAACUGAACAAAACCUCGCAAACAAGAAAAAGAAGUCAACUAAAUUCUCAAGCCAAACGAAAUCUCGUAAAAGUGUUCGAUCUUCUUGACGGUUUAGUUCCACGCCAUGUGACGAUCGGGUGAAAACUAAUGAAAAGCAGGGUGGCUGGCGGUGUUCGAUAAGGCGGCCGUAACAACUAUAAAUCGAAAAGUGCAUCGGUUCGUGAAAGUCGUGUAUAGGGGCCCGCGACACUCGCGUUCCAACUCGCGUAUUCUGAAAAAGCUUCUGCGCAAGGACACAGCCAGGAUACCUAUAAAAGCAUGAUCGGGACUGGUUCGCUUUCCAGUCACGUAUAAAACCCUGUUUCUGGUAUCGAAGGAAGCGAAUUCGAAGAGAAGUUGCUCCAAGUCGACGGCUAACUGGAUCUCAACUUGUGUGAUCUCGCGCAAAAGAGGAAAAAAUUUGCCGAUCGAUGGGAAGGGUAUGGGGUAGAAUCGAUUUUACUAAGAGACUAUGUCCUUGGAAGCUUCGAGUGAUCGUAAUCGAGUGCUUCAAGGGUUUGGUUCGUUGAGAAUUCGGUUCAAUGUGGGCGAAGACAACGAUGGAGACAGGAAGAAACUCCAGGGCAAUCGUCGUUGCUGUCGUCUACCUCAGCCUAUUUCUGGACAACGUGUUGCUCACGGUUGUUGUGCCGAUUAUUCCUGACUAUCUUUGCACCUUGGACGGAAACUCGACGAUAAACAAUGAAGGCGACGAGAAUGGUCGAGUGGGAUUGUUGUUAAGCUCAAAGGCGCUGAUGCAAUUAAUACUAAAUCCAGCAGUGGGCAUCUUUACCGCUACUUUUGGAUACACCAAACCAUUGCUCCUUGGAAAUCUAAGUCUCCUGAUAGCAGCGAUGCUGUUCGCGUUUGGCCAAACUUACGAAGUGCUGUUUCUGGCUCGAAGCAUCCAGGGUAUUUCCUCCGCGUGUAUCGGCGUUUCCGGUAUGUCGUUGGUCGCUUCACAGUACCCUGAAGAGGACAAGAGGUCCAAGAUUAUGGGCUUCGUUCUUGGAAGCAUAGCGUUGGGUGUUCUUGUUGGAUAUCCGAUUGGUUCUGUCCUUUACGAUCUCGAAGGAAAAAUGGCACCUUUUCUAUUGGUCUCUUGUUUCAUCGUCGUUACUAUUUGUCUGCAGAUUUUUACAUUGGACGUCAAAAUGAACACCGAGUCGAGCGAUCGAGAAACGUCUUGGACACAUCUGCUAUGCGAUCCGUACGUACUAAUAAUUGUUGGAGCUAUAUGGUGUUCAACAUCACCAAUGGCUAUCUUAGAGCCCUGCCUACCAAUCUGGUUACGAACUCACAUAAAACCUAAGAAAUGGCAACUGGGAACAGUGUUCAUUCCAGAUAGCGUGGGCUAUCUAAUUGGGACCAACUUUUUCGGUAUGAUAGCUUACCGCUACGGACGAAGUAAAACUGCUGUUCUAGCCAUGCUCUUAGUUGGUAUAAGUGUCAUUUUGAUACCAUCCUCGCAGACAAUGUCGCAACUGGCAGUUCCACACUUAGGAAUGGGUUUAGGUAUUGGGGUAGCGGACGCUGCUCUAGUGCCAUUGUUAGCUAGCUUUGUGGACCAAAAUGGUAAUUAUGGUCCGGUUUACUCGAUUCAACAAGUGGCUGUUAGUCUGGCCUAUUCUCUUGGUCCCAUCGUGGGAGGAGAAAUGGUGAAGACGAUCGGUUUCCAAUGGGUUAUGCGAAUUAUCGGCUUAAUGAACGUCGGCUACUGUCCUUUGCUGAUAUACCUCACCUUAGAAAGAAGAAAAUUAUUAACUCAGCAAGAUGAAAAGAAGGAUUACGAGACCUUUCAGAAAUCAGUGGCGAAGUACGAGCGUUUUCGAGACUCUGACGACGAUCUCUGAUAUAAUUUAACGGCUUCUACCAAUUAUCAAGAUUAACUUCUCUUUUAUACAUAUAUUGUAAUUCUAUAAGGAUAAGUCGUAAUAUCUGGUUUUUGUUAAAUUAAACCAAUUUAAGAAGUGACAAAAAAUAAAGGUAAAAACAUUAAACGAUCCUUAAAUAUUUUUCCCAAUGAAUAAAUAAAAUACUAAACAUUAAAUAGGUACACAUCCUACGACAUAAUACUUGUAAUAUCCUGUACCUAUCAGUGCCGAUGAUCGACCCAAGUAUCUUUUUCUUAUUCGUUAGCGAAGCAAAGAAAUAGUUAUAUUUAGCUACGCGCAUCUUAUAUAAAAGUUACUGAAUUAAUUUAAAAAUAGAAAUAAAAUAUUGUAUUUUGUCAACAUAUUUUUAUGAACGGUAUUGCACUUAUUUGCUUACAAAAAAUUAAAUAUUAUGUCAUUUGCCAUUACAGAGAAGUUUAAUCGGUUAAUAUUAACUAUUAUUAACAAAGUAGUUUUCAUGGACACUGUUACGAAUUUAUGUCUCAGAAACGCUCGGAAACAACAUUAGCAACAUCAUUGUAUUCCAACUCAACUAUACUACGGAGAGUAGCUCAACGUCGUAAGUUAUAACGAAGUAAAUUAGCAUCCUGGAAAUUGCUAAGUAACGUCCCGCGGACAUUACGCGACGACGUUCACAAUUGUUUCCUAAAUUUCAAGAAAUUGGACUGUUCUUUAUCGAAAUUAUAUAUACACAUUUUCUAUCUACGCAUUUAAAAUUAAUUGAAUAACAGUGAUAACUGAAUAGUUAUUUCGUCGGAGAACGAGUAAUGAAAUGUACACAUAGAAUAUUUAAUUUGGUUCUUUUCUGAAGAAUGGUGGUAAUGUACAACGAAUGCCAGAAAUUUGUUGGGAAAUUGUAGUUCCUCCGAUAUUCAAAACUUAUUAAAUGAAAUAAAAUAUUUAAAAAAUUACCACACCUCCCUGUUGUGCCGUUGGCACGUCGUAUUUUUUAUUUUCACUGGCAAAAAUGCUACAAAAGGUCGUUUUCACGUGGAACGGAAACCGCGUCGUGUCACACAAACAAGAAACUGAGUGCACGCGGUUCAUACGCGGUUCUCUCAAUAAACGGAACCGUUGUUCGACGCUCGGUCGGCUAGUCGAACGACUAAUUGCUAAUUCCUAAUUAUUCGCUAAAUUGCUCACAAGUAAAUUAGCAGCGUAAUUAGGUCGACGUGUCGGUAAUACAAUAGCAUCGAGACAUUGAUAUUUGAUAACAAUCAUCUCGUAUUUAUAGUCAAAAGAAACAAAGAAAUUAUCAAGAAAAAUAACAAAUUCGUCGAUAUUUCACUGUGAUUAAAUACUAAUUAGGUAUCUAGAUAAUUGUUUCCGAUUAGUAGGUUAUGUUAAAUGUCAGAAGGUAAUUUCGCGAGAAAUUAUUAUUUAGAAAUAGGAAUAUUCUUUGACGUCGGAUAUGCUAAUAUUAGUACAUCGUCAAAUAGAAAUUAGCAAUCUAAAAAUCAUAAGUUUCUUAAUGUUCGCUUUAACAAAUGUGGAUUAAAAUAUACUUCUACGACAAUGUAUUCUACAAUAACUACCCACGCUGAAAUAUUUAACGAGUGAAAAACGCCUUUGCGUUGAACCUGCGGGAUGAAAAAUAAAUAGGAUAUCCUAUUUCAUAUCACUAUGUUUUGGUCCCUAAAAUGAAGAUACCGAACUAAAGAGAACUCUAUUAACACACUUUCAGCGAACUGUCCGUCCAAUUAUUUUUAUUUCCUUGCUUUUUCGUGUUCCACAAUGUCCGAAUCUCGAUCUCUUUUACUACCCUCAAGGAAGGUUUUAUGAGCUAUUACAUUUUUACGUUGCUUACGUUUUUUAUGUUGUGCUUUCACGAAAAAAGCCACAACAUCGAAUUUAUCCUUGUACUGGUACCGAAUGACGGAACAAAAUGAAACACUGUUUAUGUUACACCUGGGAGAAGAAGUACACGAAAAUCUGCUUCGAAUUAUACAGUAUAUUUACGAAAUUAAAGUCGCGUAAACUACCGAUAGUUUCGUAUACACGCUCGAUACAACCAAUUAAACGCUUCCAUGAAUCGUAGCAAACAGAGAACGACCAUCCCGCCUCGUAACCUAAAGAAUAUUAAAUCCUCUCUUAAAGGUGGUGGGUUGGUGGUGGGAUGACGUUAACGUCGCCGUAAUCCUACAAUAACGUUGGUUAAAUUAUAUUCCAUAAAUAGAAAAUCGAUGUUCGCACGGUUGCAAUCCGGCUCGAAAUAAAGACCAUGAACAGAGGGUGAGAGUUUGGUUCGGAACGGCUAUUGCCGAGGAGUUGGUCAGGUAAAGGAGUCAUGAACCGGCAGAGGGACGAGGGGUGUGUGUGAAAAUGACCGUCGUAUACUGGCACAAAUUUAGUAGACGCUGGAAAUCAGUAUUGCAGCUAGAACCAUUCCACGUGGAAUCCAGAAGCCUCUGGGAAAUCCUACAUCGCCCUUUGUUUUCCUCCGCGUUCGCACCCCCUGUUGAGAUACGCUUAAUCGUUCGAAGAAAUAACAUCGUCCAGCUAUUCGUUACUUGGUUGCUUAACUGAUGUACGAUGUAUGGAAAUUUUGUUUGGAGCUGGUAAUUGCUCCGGGAUAGGGAGUUUGAUAAACGUUGAACGAAAAUUGACAAAAUUGGAAUUUUGAUAUUACAAGGAAUAGAAUGCGAUACAUAUUGAAAAGGAGAUUGUUUCUUUAAUUCAUUAGCCGUUUUAUUUU